AUGAAGUCCGCUCUCCCUCUUCUUACCCUUCUUUCUACGUCGCUCGUUGCCGCUGCGCCGGCGCCGUUUGUCAAGCCAGGACCCGUCGUCGUGCCAGGCACCGCCGACAUUGUCAUUCCCAACACCAACUUUGGUCGCCGAGAGGAAGCCUAUGUCGAAGACUUCGCCAAGAGAGCCCUCGAGGUCCGCAAUGCUGUUCUAGAGGCGCGCAAGGGGAAGGGCAAGGGCAAGGGCAAGGGAGGAAAUGAUGCAGCCCAAGCCGACGCUCAGGCCCAGCAGGAUGCCCAAGCACAGCAAGACGCCCAAGAUGCAGCGGCACAGCAAGAUGACGCGGCCCAGAACCAAGACGCCGCCGACGCUCAGAACGCGGACGCCGCUGCGCAGGCAGAGGCGGACGCGCAAGCGCAGGCCGACGCCGCGAAUGCCAACGCGGACCAGAAUGCGGCCGCCGCGAAUGCCACCGCCGCAGCUGAUGCGGCUGCGGCGGCUGAUGCGGCUCAAGCAGCGCAAGGCAAGAAGGGGAAGAAGGGAAAGAAGGCCAAGCAGCAGGCAGCCCAGCAAGCUGCUGCUGAGCAGGCGGCCGCCGAACAAGCUGCCGCAGAGCAGCAAGCCGCUGCCGAACAGGCUGCUGCUGACGAGGCUGCCGCCGCCGGAAAUGCCACCGCCGCAGAUGACGCCGCUGCCGUGAACGGCACUGCCGCGGCUGUCAAUGGCACCGCCGAUGCCGACCAGGGCAAUGGUAAUGGUAAUGGUAAUGGCAACGGCAACGGUCAGGGUCAGGGUCUCGCAGAGCAGGCCAUCCAGGACGCAGAAGCCGCGCUCCAGCAGGGUGCCGCAGGUGACGAGGGCGCCGGUGGACUCAGUGGGCUCCUCAGCAACCUCCUCGGUGGCGGUCAGGCUAACGGCAACGGAGACGCCGGCGGUGCGGGCGGUCUCGCGAACCUGAACCUCGCGAACCUCGGCAUCGACAUCUAG